AUGGCCAAUGUUUUCGAUGCCUCCACGCGAGAGGAUGUCGUUCUCGAAACAAUGGGGUACCAGCAAGAGCUCAAGCGCUCAUUUGGUUUGCUGGACAUGGUGGGCUUCAGCUUCAGUAUUGUCACCUGUUGGACGGCACUAAGCGGUGUCUUCAUUAUUGGCGUCGAGGCCGGAGGUCCACCCGUCAUGAUCUUCGGUUGGAUCGGCGUCUGUGUCAUCACCAUGUUCAUUGCACUAGCAAUGGCUGAGAUGUGCGCCCGCUGGCCAGUGGCUGGAGGACAGUACUCGUGGGUGGCCCUGCUGGCGCCCCCGAAAGUAUCUCGACAGCUGUCGUAUAUUACGGGGUGGUUCAUGUUGACAGGAAUCCUCGCCAUGGGCGCUUUGAAUAACUUCGUUGGAUCUAAUUACAUCCUCGGACAAGUGAAUCUGGUAUUCCCGGGGUUCGUGAUCGAGCGCUGGCACACCGUCCUCGUCGCAUGGGCCGUGGGGCUAUUUACGCUAGUCGUGAAUGUCUUCGCACCGCACGCUUUGCGCCGCGUAUCGCGCCUGAUCCUUAUAUGGAACAUAGUCUCGUUCGUCGUCGUCAUCGUCACGCUUCUCGCAACAAAUAAACACAAACAAGAUACAGACUUUGUUUUCCACGAGUUCCGAAAUAUGACUGGGUUAGGAGCAGUCAUGGCUACGAUAGUAGGUAUCUUGCAGAGUUUCUUCGGCAUGUGUUGCUACGACGCAGCCAGCCAUAUGACCGAGGAAAUGACGCAUGCUAGCCGGGACGCGCCGAGGGCAAUCAUCUUAUCUGUGAUCCUAGGUGCGGUAACAGGCUUUAUUUUCUUGCUUACGCUGUGUUUCUGUAUAGGCGAUAUCGAGGCAACGGCCAGCUCGACUACUGGGGUUCCGGUGAUUCAGAUAUUCUACGACUCGACCCAGAGUAAGGUGGGGGCUUGUAUAUUGGCUAGUCUGAUCACCGUGAUUGUCAUCGUGGCGUCUGUCAGUCUCGUUGCGGAGGGAUCACGCUCAGUGUACGCCUUUGCCCGGGACCAUGGACUUCCUUUCUCGAAGCUCUGGUCGACAGUCGAGCCGAGACGGCAAAUUCCUCUAUAUUCUAUUAUUCUCACGCUAGUCGUGCAGCUGGCACUCAAUGCCAUCUACUUUGGAACGGAGACCGGGUUUAACACGGUGGUUUCGAUCGCAACGACGGGGUUCUAUGUCUCCUAUGGUCUGGUUCUUUUUGCUCGACUACUUGGCUACUUCUAUGACCAUGAUACCUCUUCUUUCGACGGACCCUUCGCCCUUCCGCUUCCACUGUCACUUGCCUGUAAUGUCAUUGGCUUGGUCUUCCUGCUCUUUGGGUCCAUCACGUUCAAUUUCCCUUCUGAAGCUCCGGUAACAUCGGAUUCGAUGAAUUACACGAGUGCAGCUAUCGGGCUGGUGAUGUUGCUCAGCUUGGUGACAUGGUUGACGACUGCAGCAAAGCAAUUUACCGGGCCUUCAGACGUAAAGCAUCUAGUCGUUGAGGGCAUCGAAAGUCCUUCGAUGCGGCAGACAGAUGAUCCUCUGAAUGCCAAGGCUGGCAAGGAACAUCAAUAG